ACCUCUCAACAACCUCAAAAGGGCAUAUAUAUACAACAUGCUGUUAGAUAGCUGAAGCGUCAGCAACUGAAUUGCAAUGGUCCAGAUCAAGAUUCACAACUCGCCAAUUGGCGUACGGACUACUCGAGAGCUAUCGCGGUUUUAUAGUUCCCGCAUCCAAAGAGUCCAAAGAGACGCUGUAUCAUCUAAAAAGCCCUCACAAUUGAAAAGACCUACACGAACCGAUGCAUUCCGCGAUGUCUCGGCAGCAACGACAACUAGUCGUCGCGCAAUAUCACCCCGCAUGCUGACGAUCUUUGGGGUCGGCAUCUUAAGCAUCAGCACCUACUGUGGCUAUCUAUACGCAUCGUAUCGCCAAGCGGUCGUUCAGUCCAAAACCCUCGAGGUUCCUGAAGAUGUAUCUGAUCGCUACAAUUCCACCGCAACGAGGUAUGAUGCCGAAGUGGAGUUAGGCGAGAAAUUUAUGCGGUUGGGAAAGAGGAGGAAAGAACUCGUUCAAAUGGCCCGUGGAGAUGUUUUGGAGGUUAGUUGUGGUACGGGCCGGAAUAUGGAGUAUUACCGUCUAGGGGAGAGGAGAGCACUUGAUGAGCGCGGCCAUGCCGUAUUACAGGGAUGUCGAUCGGCGACUUUUGUCGAUUUGAGUCCACAGAUGGUGGAGAUUGCGCGACAGAAGUUCAGAAAGCUGUAUCCUGAAUUCACAAAGGUUGCGUUCCGUACGGAGGACGCUAAGAAGGUGAUUCCAACGUCUGCCUCGAACACAGAAGGCUGGAAAUAUUCACGACCCCAUUUUGAUACUGUCAUACAAACCAUGGGUCUCUGCUCUACCACAGAUCCGGUUGGACUCCUGCAACAUCUAGGCUCGAUCACGGAGCCGCAACGAGGGCAGGUCUUGCUCUUGGAGCACGGUCGAUCACACUAUGACUGGCUGAACAGGAUUCUGGAUAAUCUCGCGCCUGCACACGCGCAUCGACACGGAUGCUGGUGGAAUCGAGAUAUUGGACAGAUCAUUGAGCAGAGUGGAUUGGAGGUUGUGGAGAUUCGGCGAUAUCAUCUGGGGACUACAUGGAGGGCUGUAUUGCGGCCGAAGCGACCUGAUAUGAGUUGAUAGAUAACUAGCUAG